GAUAAAGGUACAAAAUUGAUAGAUUUUGAUUGCACAGUCUGUUUUCCUUGUUUAACAUUACUACAGGGUUUGUGUAAGACUCUAAAAUCUAUUUAAAACAUGGCCGAUGAUGAUAAUGUUGCAGCUUUGGUCGUAGACAAUGGAUCUGGUAUGUGCAAGGCUGGCUUCGCCGGCGACGACGCCCCGAGAGCUGUGUUUCCAUCUAUUGUCGGCAGACCUAGACAUCAGGGUGUGAUGGUUGGUAUGGGACAAAAAGACAGCUAUGUUGGCGAUGAAGCUCAGAGCAAGAGAGGUAUUCUAACUCUGAAAUACCCAAUCGAACACGGUAUCGUCACCAACUGGGACGACAUGGAGAAAAUCUGGCAUCAUACUUUCUACAAUGAACUCCGUGUUGCCCCAGAGGAACACCCCGUACUUCUCACCGAAGCCCCUCUAAAUCCUAAGGCAAACAGAGAAAAGAUGACUCAAAUCAUGUUUGAGACCUUCAAUUCACCAGCCAUGUACGUAGCUAUCCAAGCUGUCCUGUCACUUUACGCUUCCGGUCGUACCACUGGUAUUGUGAUGGACUCUGGAGAUGGAGUAUCGCACACUGUACCUAUCUAUGAAGGUUACGCUCUUCCUCACGCCAUUUUGAGAUUGGACUUGGCCGGAAGAGAUCUGACAGACUAUCUUAUGAAGAUCCUUACAGAGCGUGGUUAUUCUUUCACCACGACAGCCGAAAGAGAAAUCGUAAGAGAUGUUAAAGAAAAAUUAUGUUAUGUUGCUCUCGACUUCGACAACGAAAUGUCACUUGCAUUGACAUCAAGUCAGCUGGAAAAGAAUUAUGAACUCCCCGAUGGUCAAGUCAUCACGAUUGGUAACGAGCGUUUUCGUGCUCCAGAGGCUAUGUUCCAGCCAUCUUUCCUUGGUAUGGAAUCCUCAGGUAUCCAUGAAACGACCUACAACAGUAUCAUGAAGUGUGACGUCGACAUCCCCAUGUAUGUAGCUAUCCAGGCUGUCCUGUCACUUUACGCUUCCGGUCGAACCACUGGUAUUGUGAUGGACUCCGGCGACGGAGUAUCGCACACUGUACCUAUCUAUGAAGGUUAUGCCCUUCCUCACGCCAUCAUGCGUUUAGAUCUUGCUGGAAGAGAUCUCACUGACUACUUGAUGAAGAUCCUUACAGAGAGAGGUUACUCUUUCACGACAACAGCUGAGAGAGAAAUUGUUAGAGACAUUAAGGAAAAGCUCUGUUAUGUCGCCUUGGACUUUGAACAGGAAAUGGAGACGGCUGCAACCUCAAGCUCUCUCGAGAAAAGUUAUGAAUUACCUGAUGGACAAAUUAUAACAAUUGGCAAUGAAAGAUUCCGUUGCCCUGAGGCAUUAUUCCAGCCUUCCUUCCUCGGAAUGGAAAACGCUGGUGUUCACGAAACAACAUACAACAGUAUUAUGAAAUGUGACGUUGAUAUCCGUAAGGACUUGUAUGCCAACAUCGUCUUAUCAGGUGGCACAACUAUGUACCCAGGUAUCGCAGACAGAAUGCAAAAGGAGAUUACUUCCCUUGCCCCGGCAACAAUGAAGAUCAAGGUCAUUGCCCCACCAGAGAGAAAAUACUCUGUAUGGAUCGGUGGUUCUAUUUUAGCCUCACUUUCAACUUUCCAACAGAUGUGGAUCAGCAAACAGGAAUACGACGAAGCUGGACCGUCCAUUGUACACAGAAAAUGUUUCUAGACAUUAUGAACUCUCUAAGAAUGUUGACCAACAAACUCACUUUAUUUGAACUUUCAUUUUUGAUAAUAAUAGUCCUUUGAAUUUCGCUACGGACAAAAAUGUAAAUGAAAUACACGUAUCAUUAAAAAUACAUUGUAUGUACAAGAGGAAUAGUAAAAGUGAUAUAGUAAUGUGGGACACUGUGCAAUAAAAUGUUCUUUAUUGUUUUUCAUAGAUCUAAGUUUUUAACUGUUUUAGUAAUUAAAACUGUUUUUAUCUAUAUUUAAAUUCAAACUUUUGAUAUGUAAAUUAUGUUAAGUAAGUAAGUUAGAUGAUAUAUAUUUAAAUUUAAAUUGCUAAAAGAGAUAAAAAUAGAAAAUACAACAAAUAAAACGAAA